UUUCCUCCUCCUCAACUCAACUUUUGUUAUGCAAGUAAACAAGCCAUUUAACAAUUGGUGUUGUGAAAGUGUUUGUUAAGUAGUUGUGUUUUGAGUGUCCUUGGUUUAAAGUCCUUGAUAAUCUUUAAUAUGGGAAACAAAUCGUCUUUAAUGCUGCAGCCUGAAGAAAUAGCGGAAAUUCAUCAAGAGACUGGUUUUUCACCAAGCCAGAUUGAGAGGCUUUACAGCAGAUUCACAAGUCUAGAUAAAACAGAUAAUGGAACUUUAAGCCGAGAAGAUUUUCUUCGUAUACCAGAACUUGCAAUUAACCCUUUAGGUGACAGAAUUGUUCAUGCAUUUUUCAAUGAAGCAUAUGAUGAUCGAAUUAAUUUUCGCCAGUUUAUGCGAGUCUUAUCUCGGUUCCGUCCAGUGAAGAAAAAUAAAGAAAAUAAGUUAAACAGUAGAGAGGAAAAGCUGCGAUUUGCAUUUAAAAUGUAUGACCUUGAUGAUGAUAACAAGAUCUCAAGGGAUGAACUGCUGGCAGUUUUACAUAUGAUGGUUGGAGCUAACAUUUCUGAAGAACAAUUGGCAAAUAUUGCAGAUAGAACUAUUAUGGAAGCUGAUGGUGAUGGAGAUCAUAUGAUUUCAUUUGAAGAGUUCUGUGCAAACAUGGAAAGGACAGAUGUGGAAGAGAAAAUGAGCAUUCGAUUUCUCCAUUGAAAAUGUGAUUGUUUAAUAACAAAAUAUUUUUAUACAUACAUACAUAUAUAUAUAUAUAUACAUAUAUAUCUUUAAACUAUAUAUGGCCUGGUGUAAAUCAGUAUUCUUAUCUUACAUUCCUAUGCAUGUGUGAUAAGAAAAUAUAAAUUUUAUAUAUGUAGAUAAGUGUUCAUCUUAGAAAAGCUUGUGUAAAGUAGCUGUAAGAAAAGAAAAGUUAAUAAUUAUAUAAAUAUGUACGAGUAUAUCUCUUGAUACCUCGAAUACCAGUUAGAAUACUGUGCAUAUGCCUUGCCUGCAAAUAAUAUAUUGAUAAAAUAUUUUUGUCUGCAUAGAUGCCAGUUUUAUAAGCUUUCAUUAUUAAAUAAUUGUAAUUUCAAAUUGUAUAAAAGUCAUAUUUUCAAUAAAUACAUAUAUUUAAUGUUAACAAAUUGUAGUGAAUUUCUGAAUAAUUUUUAGUUUAAUAAAAUAUUUACUAACUGUUAAGUUUUAUAAAUUUUGCAUUUUGAACUGUAUAGUUUCAGUUUAUAUAAUAUACUUCAUUCAAAAUCAAAUAUGGCAUAGUUGAAUGUUGUGCUCUACCAAACACAUCCAUAAUUUGUGACGAAAACAUAGUCAUAAUGAUAAUUUCAUAAUAAAAGUAAUGGAGAAGGAAA